AUGCUCUUUCGCCUAAUCUUCCUUUGCAUUGCGGCUGUUGAGGCUCGUGGCUUGGACAGCGUGAACUACGGUGCAUUUACGCAAACCGCGACGUACUCGAUUGCAAACCAACUGGGAUUCUUCACUGCGUAUGGAUUGGACGUCCUCUAUCAACAAAUACCCAAUUCAACUUAUGCUUAUGCACAGAUUCUCAACGGCGGCUACGACAUCUUAACUGGCACCAUUGACAAUGCUGUUAAUCUGCGACUGAAUUCCAACGAGAACGUCACGGUGAUAGGUCAAUUGGACCAGGGUCCCGAUCUUGUGCUCGCAUCGAACCCAAAUAUCACCAGCGUUGCCCAGUUGAAAGGUAAAUCUCUGAUUGUCGAUUCUCCUGUUAGUGGCUACUCGUAUCUCCUGCGCAAAAUCUUGAGCACCCAUGGACUCUUACUGAAUACCGAUUACUUCUUCCAGACGGUUGGGGGUACCAACCUCAGAUAUGCGGACUUGGUUGCAGGAAAGCUUCCCAACGGGACUGCCGUUUAUGCAACAAUACUCGUGUACCCAUUUACAGCGGAGGGUGAGGCUCUCGCUGCCGCUCAAAGACCAAAUAUUCUUGCUCGAAUUUCCGACGUUGUCGACCCCAUCUCCUCAUCAGCUUUCACAGCUCGCCAAUCAGCUCUGAGUAAUUGCACCGAGAAUGAUGUCUUGGUACGAUUCAUGAGUGCCAUGUACACUGCAAACCUCUACCUGCGCAACCCCACCAAAAAAACUUGCAGUCUGAGAGCAAUUGGAAAGCAACUUAAUGUAACGACCACCGUCGCGCAGCUCGAGUACAACGCCGCAACAGGUGCCGAUACCGGAGAAGUAAGUCCCGGAGGAACCUUUACUGUCAGCCAGACGGGGCUGUUGAACGUGAUCGCGGUACGGGAGGAAUUCAAUGGAUUCAGCAGCUUACCGUCGGACUACAAUUUCACCGCUGCUAUUGUCCCCGGCGAAGGGAAACUGAUCGAUUAUUCGAUAAGGGAUCUCGCAGUGGCAGGCUUGAAGAAGCAUCUCCUAAAGAGAACUUGUUAGGGGUUGCUGUAGUCUUGCGGAAUCCAUUAGUCGGGUACGUAGGAUAAGUCAAUUAAUGUUGGGAGGUCCCUUUGUUUUCAUUUCUGUUAGAAAUGCGAUCCUGCUGUGUCGCCUUAAAAUCUGGGUGCUGUACAUAGAAGAGAUAUCAAGAAUAAUCGUGGAGGACAAUAAGAUAGACUAUUAGCGAUGAGGGUUUAAGAACGAAUGUAUGCAACGAUCGGG